AUGGCACUCCGGCACCCUGGAAGGGCAGGGGGCCCUGGGCAAGCGGGCGUCACCAGCAAGGCCGUGCUCUCUUUGCAGAAAGACACGGGUUCCUGUAUGAAACCUCCGGGGUCUGGCCGCGUUUCUCUUGGCAGGUCGCCUCCUUUGGUGCUUCCCCGACGACCCCCACCCGAUUUGCCCUGGCGGGGCGUCCACACGCUCGUCGUCUCCCUGAGCGACCGUGACCUGAAGGACGCCAUGCAGGAGGCCCAGGGUGUGGGCUCCAUGAGACGGCUGAGGCAGUGUGGGCCCAGGAAACAUGAUGUGUUCAGGGAGGGCUUUUCCUGGGAUGGCUCAGCCGUCUUCCCAGAAUCACCCAUCAUUAGGAUAUAUCCUGGCACGAUUCGUCCUGUCACUCGGCACAACAUCAGAUACUACACCAUGGCCCUACUGAACAACGUGAAGGAGAGGGCCGCCUGGUGGACACCACACGUCCUCUGGCCCUGGGGCUGUGACAAGCAGUUCUUCAACGCCUCGCUCCAGUUCACCAACAUGGACCCUCUGAUGGAAUUCAUCAACUCUAACUCUGCCUCCAAGCUUGGCCUCUCUGUGGAGCACGCCACACUGGCCGACUACUUCCGUGCCAUGCACACUCACAAUGUCACCUGGAACAUCCACGACCCGGACUUCCUGCCCUAUUCCUCAGAUCCAUUUCAGGCCUGGACCGGCUUCUACGCAUCCCACAGCGGGCUCAAGGGGCUGGCGAGGCGAGUCAGCACACUGCUGUAUGCCGGGCAGUCCGUGUCCACUCGCUACGUGUGGCCGGCCCCCCAGCAGCACCUGGGCCUGGACCGGGCCCUGAAGCAGCCGCAAGGCGGGUCCCAUCCCAUGCUAUGGGUGCAGCACCACGAUGCCAUCCCUGGGACUGAGACGCCCAAGGUGAGGGACACGUACGUGGAGAAUCUGAGCGCGGGGAUGCACGGCGUGCACAAGCUGAUGGCCUCCAUCGUCCAGGACAGGACCCCAGCCCACUCAGACCCAGAACGCGGGGGACACGUUGUCGUGGUCUUCAACCCCUUGGCCUGGACGGUCACCACCAUCAUUACCCUGACUGUGGACUCCUCCUGGGUCAGCAUCACCGAUGCGUCAGGCCACCCGGUGCCUGCACAGGUCCAGAAAUCAAGGGAGAAACAACCUACAUACGACCUGCAUGUGCUGACCAUUCCGGGCCUCAGUUACCGGCACUACGGCAUCAGGAGCACCAAGGGGGCCCAGAUGGGCAUCCACGAACCAGUUGCCACCAUAGUUAGUUCCACCCAGUUUGGGCGCAGGCCGUGGACGUGCACUGGUCCAGGGAUCAGGCACCUGUUGCGGGUGAAGAAUGACAUUAACACCGUGUUCCUGGACCAUGACACCAACCUGAUGCACAGCAUGUGGAAGAGAGAGAGUAACCACAAUGAUACGGAUCCGCAGCCCAUUUCUAAUAACUAUGCGUCUGCACCCAAUGAGACCGCGAAGCGCCCCCGGAAACCAGUGGGAAUGCAGAUUGUGGCGGGGGAGCUCAGGACCGAGAUCCGGCAGUACCCCUCCAGGAGGGUGAGGGACGCGGAUCACACAUAGGCCAUCUACUCCCCACUCACCCACGUCCCACGCAGCCACGGCGGAGAGCUGCUCUGCCGUCGCAUCGAGCAGGAGUGCCGGGGGGGCCCCUUGCAGCAGAACCGCGAGGCCAUCCUGAGGACCAGCGCCAGUCUACCCAACCGCCGGGUCCUCUCCUCGGACAACAGCGGCUGCCGGAUGCAGCGGAGGCACUUCCGAAAAUACACGAACAACAUGAACGACAUCACUCGGAAUCACUACCCCGUGGUUCAGUCCGCCUUCUUCGAGGACGACAGAAGCGGGCUCGUGCUGCUGUCCCAGCAGGCACGCGGCGACUCCAGCCAAGGGAACGGGCACGUGGAGGUCAUGCCCCAUCGCCGGCUGUGGAACAAUUUGGACUGGGGUCUGGAUACCAGCCUCCCGCUGAACGACACCUCCAUCGUCUUCCCUGUGCUCUGGCCGCUGCUGGGACCCCGGCCCCUCACCACGGGCCUGCUCCAGGGGGGGUGGGCGGGCGCGGCAGCCAGAGCUGAACAGUAA